CAUGUAAGUAACAAAAUACGGAUUAUCGAACAGAAUAAGGAGCUGCAUGUUGUCAUCCUCGGACUUGCAAGGGAUUGUCAUCUGUCAUAAUUGGCCUUCAAGUUGGGUAUCCUGGGAAUCCGCUGUUGCAAUUUCGAAGUGAUUUUUCGAUGUACACGUAAAGUGUUGAGUGUAAUCGAUGGUGUGACAUAAGAAAGUGAUUGUUCUUGUGAUAAAAUGACAUCGAGGAGUAAGAAUGCCGUGCGGGGUUACGAAACAGAGAUCGAGAAGAGCCGAGAGGAAGGAAAUUGGAAGAAGGCCAUCGAGCUAGCCCAACAGUUGAAGGCCAGGUCACCACAACACGAAAGCCUCGCCCACUUCCUAAUCGGCGAAGGCAAGCUCGAGGCACAUCUCGAUGAGCGACCCCCCACCAAGGAGAACAUCGAGCGCGCCCAGCGGGAGCUGUCGGACGCGCGCGGGUACCUCACGCUCGCCACCGACGACGCGGGCAAGAAGGCGGGCGUGGCGCUCGAUGCCCAUCUACUGCUCGGGAAACUCAACUACGCGUGCGGGUCUUAUGACGAAGCGUUGAAACAUUAUAAGUUGGCUGAACUAGAUACACUCACGGAGAAGGAGUUGCCUGUACGCAGUCUUCGUAUAGUGGCGGAGUCGUAUGCCAUCAAAGGUUUAUGUUUGGAGCAGAAUGCAGUACCAAGUUCUACUAGUCGAUAUAAACAGGCGGAAAGGGAGACUGAAAUGAUCCGCAGCUUUGAGCUGGCGUCGGACCUGACGCUGCUGUACCUGCAGCGCACCAACUCCGCCAGCGUGCGCGCGGGCCCGACGCUGGAGACGGCGCUGCAGCGCGUGCCCAUACUGCACAUGCGCGCCGGCAGGCUGCACUGCGCUAUCGACAGGUAUCGUGAGAUGCUGACGGCCGUGGAGUCGGUGUCGACGCAGGCGCUACGAUUGACGUUGACGCGGCAACUCGCCGAGGUGCUGUUACGUGGCGUCACAGGGCAGGUAUACAAGCCGCCCGAGAAGAUCGCGACGGUGCCCGCGCAGGGCACUCUCACGCGACGGAGGGAGGAACACGUGUCGGAGGGACCUUGGAAACCUAAGAAAUAUGCGGCCAUUAAUCAGUUCGUGCCGCGCAACGAGCACGAGGAGGCGGUGCUGCUGGUGCUGGUGGGCGAGGCCAUGGCGGCGCGCGACGCCGUGCUGUCGCAGAGCGGCGAGUUCGAGGCCGCGCGCGCGCACGCGCUGCGCACCGCCUGCGCCGUGCUCGACCUGCUCGCGCUGCUCGCCGCGCGCUGGGCGCAGCUGUCGCUCGUGCUCGAGUCGCUGGAGCGCGCGAUGAAGUUCUCGUUCGGGUGCGCGCACGUGUGGCGCCAGCGCGCGCUCGCGUGCAGCGCCGCGGCCGCCGCGCCCGCCCGGCGCCCGCGCCCGCGCCCGCCGCGCCGCCGCACCCAGCGUUGCGCCCGCGCACACGCCGUGGCCAAGCACGCCAAGACGUUGUGUCCCACGGACGCUCCGCUGCGGCUCGUGGCGGCCAACAACUGCUACCGAGCGGGAUGGAUAGAAGACGGCAUAGAGCUGGCGGAGGAGGCGCUCGCCAUAGAGGAGGAGCUCGGCGGGGCCAUGCUGCCGCGCUGCUGUCUCUACACCGGCAUCGGCUACCAGAUGAAGGCGCAGAAAUCGAACUCUCGGAUAGACAAGGACGCGGCGAACGACUCGGCGCUGAAGUACUUCCUGCGCGCCGUGCAGCUCGACGACAACGACCACCUCGCCUUCUACCACCUUGGCCUGCAGUACAUGUACCUCGGCAUGCUCAACGAGGCCAUGGAGGCGACGCGUGCGAGUCUGAUGGCGCGCGCGGAGUGCGGCGGGUCGCUGCGGCUGGUGGCGGCGCUGUGGAGCUGCGCAUGCGCGGGACGGCGCGCGCCGCGUGCCCUGGCGGCGGCGCACGUGGCGCGCGCGCACUACCCCCGCGCCGACUGGCCCCGCGCGCUGCUCGCCGCGCUGCAGCUCGCGUGGGACUCGCCAGAGGCGGCGUUGAUAACGGGCAAGGAGUUGCUGUCGUUGUUGAACAGCACGGAGGCGGAGGCGGAGGCGGAGCAGAACGGGUACAUGGAGCUGGACGCGCUGUCGGACUCGCAGCACGACGACACGCACAGCACGCGCGACGCGGCGUCGGUGCGCGCGGAGUUCACCGGCGCGCACCAGCUCGAGCGCGCGCUGUCCGAGUGCGCGUCCUCGCAGUCCGCCGUGCGCACGCGCGCGCCGCUCGCCACGCCGCGCGCGCACGCGUGGCUGCUGCUCGCCGAAAUAUGCUUGCGGUUAGGUAGGGUGAGUGCAGCGGCAGGGUGCGUAUCGGAGGCGACAGCGUUAACUCCUUUUAGUCAUCUUGUAUUAUAUACGAGGGGCAUGGUGCACGCGGCAAGCAACGAGUGGGAGGAGGCGCGCCAAUGUUUCCAAAACGCACUCGCGAUACAUCCCACGCAUCUUGACAGUAUGGUGCAACUAGGCGCGGCGUACUACGAGCUGGGCUGGCUGGGGCUGGCGGAGAAGGCGCUGCGCGAGGCGGCGGCGCUGGAGCCGGCGCGCGGCGACACGUGGCGCCGCCUGUCGCUCGUGCUGUGGGCGCGGCGCGAGCCCGCCGCCGCCGCCGACGCCGCCGCCGCCGCGCUGGCGCUGCGCGACCACGCGCCCGUCGAGCGCCUGGCGCUGUGAGCGCGCGCGCCCGCCCGCCCCGCGCGCCCCGCCCGCCCCGCGCCUGCGCACCGCACGCGCCCGCUCCGGCCAACACGUAACUACCGACUCUGCAUGUGCUGCUAACUACCGACAGUUCCGACCAGGGAGUCGGGUGUGGCCGCAUACUCACUCGCCGGUGUCCCGUAAGGCGCCGAUGUUCGGCGCGAUUGGUUCACAGUCGAUGCUCGUCAUCUGUUGGAUUGCUCGUGGUAUGCGACUACUCUACAUUUCCGUCUGAUUUGUUCAUACGCGCCCGCCCCCACUACUGUUGGUGUGUGCUCCUGACUUGUGCCGAUUGCUGUACUAAUAUGAAUAUUUUGCUAGCUGGAAAACAAGUGAACUCACACGCCCAUACAUCAGCUACGACAUGUCUAAUCUACGUGUUGUAACAAAUAUGUACGAAUUGAAACAUAAAAAUUAACAUCCAAAACGCCUCUCCCGUCACAAGCUACCCCGUUUCAAGUAUACACCAUGAAAUAAAACCAAACAAUAUCGUGUUAAUCGGCUAAACACGGUAAUAUAUAGAAUGUGAACCCAUAUAGAAUGAUCAGGACAUUGUUAUAUAGCCAAACUACCGAUAUUAUACACGUUGUUUAUAAGCGACAAGUCAGCAUAGCGUGAAAUACAAAUACGUAUUAAUAUUUUGAUGAGUAUAUUGAAUACAGGUACUUUAUAUGCAUUUGUCUCUGUAGUGGAAAGUCUCUACACAUCUUUAUAAUUAUGAACAAAAAACUACGUGACCAUAUAAUUAUAAGUAUAGAAAAUCGAUGUUCCACAUUUCUACCACAAUAAUAGAAAUUUCAAAUCUAUAUUAUACAAGGUGUUGUAAAAACCGGGUAUAAUAUUCAAACCGUAAAGUGGUGUUAAAUUUACUUUAGAAAAAAAACUAUAGCAAGCGAUAAAUUUUGACAGAAAUAAAUUUCAAUGUUUAACUACUCUAUAAUUUGAAGGUAUUUUUUCCCUUUAAGUAUAAAUUGUAAAUGGCUUUCCCUGAAUCGUGUUCAAUUAUAACACCUACCUUUUGUAACAUCCUGUAUACGAUAAAUGACUGUAAAAUAUACUUAACUAUCGUAAAUAAUUCAGAAAUCGAGAUUAAUAAUAUUUAUUAGUAUUUUCUUUUUAUUUUUAUCUACAGAAAUGUUGAGAAAAAACCUUAACUGAAACUGAAAAAUAUUUUUUACAUUCCACUUAGUCUGAA